AUGGACAAGUUGAGAGUCGAAGAAUUUUCCAUUAACUUAGAACUAAUGAAACGUUUCCGGUUCUAUCACAUAUUUAAUCCAAACGUUACAACGAUUUUCAACUUUAACGCUUACCGAUUAUUACUGUUUCUUUGCGGAUCAAUUAUGAUUAUGAUUAUCGUUUACAGCACGUUGGGUUUUUUUGUCGAAAUGGACGAUACACUGAGUUAUAUAGAUUUCUUUGUAGUCAUAUUUGUUAUGAUCGUUUUAUUUUUAUGCUAUUGGAGGAUUUGCAUUUUUUUGUACAACGCAGACGCCAUUCAUGACUUGUUCAGCAUUUCGCGGAUUGAUUUUUUGAACAGUAAACAUUGUUGUAAAAAUGUAAACGUACUUUACGACAAUCGCGACAAAUCGAUUAAAAUCUCCAAUUACUUUUUCUUACUCUCGACGACAGUGAUGUCGCAAUGGAUUAUUUUUCCUCUCGUGGUCAUCGCAUUCACAAAGCCCGAAGACGAAAAUACCCGAUUCCAAAACAUCUUGAACUUACGUUAUCCUGUAUCAACUCACACUUUCAAUCAAUAUUAUUACAUAUUUUAUUUGAUUGAAGUAGCGGUAGCAGUAUUUACUAUGUACGUAAUGAUCAUGCCAGACAUACUUUUAAUGUCUUUCUGUUGGGUUAUAAUGGCUCAACAGGAAGUCCUCAUUCGGGCUUUCAAAAACAUUGGAUACGAAGAAAACUCCCAAAUAGUGUAUUAUGAAGAUUUUAAAUCAAUUCUAGGUGAUCAAUUGCAACUUAAUCUGAAAAUAAAAUUAUUUUAUUCAGUUGUGCGGUCUAUUAUAUUAACAUACGUUGCUAUUAUAUCAACAACUUUCAUAAUGGUGACAUAUGUGUUAAUUCUGGUUUGCUUGUCAAAGGAAUCACAUCCUGUUCUUAACAUUAUCAAGCUCGGAUCAUCAGCAAUCUACAUGUGCUUACUCUUAUUUUUAUAUUGUUAUUUAUUCGACAGUAUGAAUAUUAAAAGGCAAUCCAUUAACUCUGGCAUAUACUCUUGUGAUUGGACAAAAAUGGAUGUAUCAUUUAAAAAGUUAUUAUUAUUAACGAUGCAGAUGAAUAAUGCUAAUAAUUUAGUGAUAAAAGCUUCGCCGACAAAAAUCGUCGACUUACAGUUAUUCGCCAACAUCAUAACAAUGUCUUAUAAUAUUGUUUCCGUCAUGCUGAAAGCAGUGGAAACCACGAGUUAA